GCCGCAGUCGCCAUGAAGCUGCCGAAGGGGGACGUCCCGCCAGGCCCGCUCCGCGCGGGGGUUCGGGGGGAGGGGAGCGUGCCGCCGCCCCAGCCCAGGUGCAGUGCUGAGCUACAGUUACAUGAAAGCUGCUCUCAAACCCAUUAAUGCUUUCAUAGGGCAGCAGUUCCCGCUGUGUCUACAUGGACAUACACAACGCGUUAGUAACCAUGGCAAGCUGAUGACGCAGGGAAGGUCCUGUGCUGCCACACCCCAAACGACCAUCUGUGCCCCACACCCAAUAGUGGCUGUCCUUGUGCCACACACCUGAACAUGUCUGUCCCAGCAGGAGGCCCUCAUCCACUUGGGCUUCCCCAUGUGGGAAUGGACUAUUGUUUCUGCAUAAGAAUAAGAUAAGAAUUUUAUUUCAUGGUCUCUGCUGUCAUCUAGUAAUUUAUAGGUACGAGGACUGCAGCUCUUGUCUGUCCAGCCAUAAUUUUUGGUACUAGACAGACAAGACCUGAGUGAUAGAAAAUUUAAGUAAGAGAAGUUAAAUAAUUGGCAAUACACAUGUAUAGCUAGCAACAAUUUGUUUAGCCUGUAUGAAUAUAUAUAUAUAUGUAAUAUUUUGUCGCAUGCUCAUACACAUUGCAAGAAUAUCCUGCACAGAGAUUGAUCAAACCAGAGAACAAGUCAUGACAUGUCCAAGGAAAUAAAGCCUGCACGAAUAAGCAUUGGGAAGACCUGGCACCUCCCCACCUCCCCACCAGUGCUCUUUGUUUAACAAAAGAACCAUCCUUCCAACAGAAUGAAAGAGGACUUGGAGAGAAUCACCAUGACUGUGAACCUGGAGUACCCAGCCAAUGGAAAAACAGGGGAGGGAGCAAACUUGGGGAAGGCAAGGUACAAAAGCCAUAAUAUUGUUUCCAUAAGUGCGCCUGCCAAUGCAAUUGUGAGUUAAAAAUUCUUCACCAGAGAUCCCGGCUCCUAAAAUUUAUCUCAGAUGUUUCUGACAACUGGGGGCCUCAUUGCAAUUCAGGAGUCUCUGGCUGCCACGGACAGGAGAUGUGCACCCCGCUGAGUUUAAGCAGCCUUGUCAGGGGCAGUGAGAUAUCUCCCUGGAACGGCUGACAAGAAACCGAGACUGUAUAAAGAUAUGGAUUCCGUGAAAGAUUAAAGAAGGGGAGAAGGUACAGACACAGGAAUUGAUGCAUAGACACGGUAACUUUGUGCAUAGACCAAGUUUGCAGGGAGAGCUACUAAUUUCACAGAACUUGGGAUUUUGAAGCGAGUUCCCAGUCUCUCUUGCGAAUCCUUUAUGGAUUGUUUGAAUGCUCACCUGACCACGUUGUUAAUCUCCCUGAAUGCACUGUUUGCCAUUGUAAUUAUUUCACUCAGUAUCUGGAAUUAUCGUAUUCUGAAGAAGUCCCCUCCAAAACCAGAGAAUACUGAGUGGCAGGGUGUAUGGAGAGACUUGGGAGAGACUUUAGAGAGAUGGACAUGUUCGGUGUCAUGGAACUUUACUCCUGAACACCUAAAAGAUCCUGAGAGCCUGAACAGAUAUUUGAGACAGAGAUGUUGUGACCUAGGCAGAUCUGAGGAGGCACAAAUGAUUUGGGGCCUGGCUAAUGCUUAUCGGGCCUUAUUUAAUACUAUCCCAGAGAGGGAAAGAAUUCUGGAAAUUGAGAGAAGGAUUUUCCUAGCCGAGAAGGAGAAUCUCUGGGCCGAGCGAAAGGGUUUCCAAGCUGAGAAGGAUAAUUUCCAGGCUGAGCGAGAGAAUCCCCAAGCCGAGAAGAAGAAUUUCCGGGCUGAGUGAGAGAAUCUCCAAGUCAAGAAGGAGAAUCUCCGGGCUGAGCGAGAGAAUCUCCAAGCUGAGAAGGAGAAUCUCCAGGCUGAGCUAGAGAAUCUCCAAGCCGAGAAGGAGAAUUUCCGGUCUGAGCGAGACACACUCCAGUUCGAGAGGAACUCCCUCAAGUCCGAACGGGAUGUACUCCGAUCUGAGCAAGAUGCCCUCCAGCACGCACAAUUCAGUCUCCAAAGUGAGAUAACCAAAAUUCAGUCUCAUCAAGCCAAGCUCGAAUCUGAACUAAGCACUCUCAUAAUUGAGCGAGAUAGACUUCGAGCCGAGCUGGAGACUAAGAGCAUCGGGACUGACCAACCUGAUCAACCGCAGGAGGCACCAGAAUCGAUGUCAGUUGCCCCUGUAAGAGGACGGAAAACGAAACGAAUUUCCACUCAGAACAGAAGAAAGAAAAUGAGGGUGUAGUCGAGGAAGCAGUCAAUGUAAGAGAAGAGGAGGAGGGUGAAGUAGAAGAAGCAGGCGAUGUAAGAGAAGAGGAGGAAAGAGGUCCAGUGGAGUGGCUCCAAGGAACUGGAGUGCCCAUGCCCUCAAUAAGACUGCAUGCACAAACACCAAGGAGGGCAGGAAGUCCUGAAAGAGCAGGAGGUGAGCAAGACAUCGUAACCAUUGUGGAUAGAUCUUUGAAAAUGAAUGAAAUUUGUGGUCUGAGAAAGGACUUGACACGCCACCCCAAUGAGCCUAUUGUCACCUGGUUACUUUGAUGCUGGGACAAUGGGGCCAACAGUGUGUGGCUAGAUAGCAGAGAAGCUCGUCAGCUUGGUGGCAUUGCUAGGGACUCAGCCAUUGACAGACGUAUUAGCACAUGCCAGAACCAGGCCUUCACCCUCUGGAAGCGGAUGUUGUUAGCCGUGAGAGACAAACACCCCUUUAAAGAUGAUCUCAUGCCCGAGAAAAGGAAAUGGACUGAUAUGGAAAAAGGCAUCCGUUAUUUGAGAGAAUGUGCCAUGGUGGAAAUGAUGUACAGCCCUGACUUCAUCCCUGACGAGCCAGACCAAGAGCAUGAUCCUGAGAGAGUCCGGUGUACACCAAAUAUGUGGCGCACAUUCACUAAGACUGCACCAGAAAGGUAUGCCAGUACAUUUGCAGCAAUGUAUGGCAGAGGUGGAAGAAGACCCCUUAUAGAUGAUCUGGUUAAUAGACUCCAAGACUUUGAGUUGCAUUUAAAUCCUCUGCAAGCUUGUGUUUCAGCCAUCACAAGGAUAGUUGAAAAGCUAGACAGAAUGGAGAGCAAACAAGAAGAUAUAAUAGACGAACUGUCUACCAAACAUGAUGCUGAUGGAUCCCUGGUGGACGAGGACCAGAAUUCCCAAAACCCUCCACUGGAAGAGCUGAUCAACAUGGGGUCCUCCCGACCUACAUCAUCCAACAUCUCAGCCAUCAAAAGGGGACGUCCUCCUGCUAGAGGAAAUGAUAACGAUAAGCCUAUAACACGUCUUGCCUUGUGGCGUUACCUGCGUGACCAUGGAGAAGAUAUGAAGAAGUGGCAUAAGAAACCCACUUCUGCACUUCAGGCACGGAUAAAAGAAUUACAAGACAAAUCAACCACCAAGGUGAAGUCCUCCAAAAGGGUGAUCGCUCCAGUUGCUGCAGACAACCAAGGUAACAAAUAGAGGGGCCCUGCCCCCAGCCAGUAGGGGGAAAGGGAUAAUAGAGUGUAUUGGACUGUGUGGAUUAGAUGGCCUGGCACAUCAGAAACACAGAAAUUUAAGGCACUGGUAGACACU